CCCGGGCGAGGGGGUUGCAGUGAUACCUCCCGUGCAGAGGUGGAGCUGCGAACCCUCUUCCCCGGAAGCGGAGCCCCCCAAAACACCACGGCCUUAGAGACUGGGAGGGAGCCGAGCAGCGGCAUGGAGUCGGAGUUAGAGCUGGAGCUGGAGGUGGAGAUGUUGCAUGAGUAGCAAUGGCGGAGGAGAGUGCCCCUCAGCUGGCCGACUACUUCGUGGUUGCAGGGCUGACGGAGGGCUCAAAGCCGCUGGAGGAGGGCAGCCACCGGCUGGCCCGCCCGCUGGAACCCAUCUCCGACGUGGCCAUUAUCAUCCGAUCGUUGGGAGAGGAGGUGCCCGAGGGCUUCACCUGCAUCGAGACCACGCCCAGCGGCCAGCCCGCCGACCUCAGCUCGGGCCUCCUCACCCCCUCGCACAUGUACCUGUGCUACAAGCGGGGGCGAGGCAAGGCACCGCUCAUCGACCUCGGGGUGCUGUGCGAGGGUAAGGAGAGACUGAAACCGGGGUGUCGGACCAUCGAAACCACCCCGUACAGCCGGCCAGCGUACAUCAGCGGCGGAGGGGCCAGCCUGCAACCCCGGGCCUUCCUCACUUACCGGCGGGCCUCCGACUGCCAGUCCCACAGCGGCCUGGCCGUCACUGACGUCUGCAUCAUCAUGCCCAGCAAGGGGGAGGUGCCCCCACACACCUACUGCAAGGUGGACAGAAACCUCAACGCCGGCAUGUGGGGACCUGCCAUCUACCUGUGCUACAAGAAGUCCAUGGCCAAGGGCACGGCUCUGACCUACGAAGCAGGACUGAUCAGCAGAUACCCUGAGACUGAUAGUGAGUCCUUCCCUCUGCCACAGACGGUGCCCAUCUUCUGCCUUCCCAUGGGGGUCACCAUCGAAAGCUGGCCUGCCCAGCCCAAGUACCAGCUCCCCGUCUUCUCCACGUUCGUACUGACGGCUGCCACCGGAGUCAAGGUGUACGGCGCUGCCAUCCAGUUCUACGAGUCGUACGCGCCAGACAAGCUGACGGAAAAGCAGCGUCUUAGCCUGGGCCUCCUGAGCCUGAUCGACCGCCGACCCAUCCUCUCCAAAUCCGUGCAGGCCAAGAAGAGCAUCUGCGUCCUGUCCCACUGGCCCUUCUUUGAUGUGUUCCAGAAGUUUCUCACCUUCGUGUACCGCUACUCUGUCUCCGGGCCACAUGUUCUUCCCAUCGAGAAGCACAUCUCGAACUUCUUGCACAACGUUCCCUUCCCCUCACCUCAGCGACCCCGCAUCCUUGUUCAGCUCUCUCCCUAUGACAACCUGCUGAUCUGCCAGCCAGUGACCUCGCCCCUCCACCUCAGCGGGGCCAGUUACCUGAACCUUCUGCAGAACCUGGCUCCGGAGAACACGGUUGGCCUGCUGCUUGCCCUCCUCACUGAGCAGAAGCUCCUGCUGCACUCUCUGCGGCCAGCGGUGCUGACCAGCGUCUGCGAGGCUCUCGUCUCGAUGAUCUUCCCGUUCCACUGGCAGUGUCCCUACAUUCCCCUGUGCCCGCUGACCCUGGCUGAUGUGCUCAGCGCCCCUGUCCCCUUCAUCGUGGGCGUCCACUCCAGCUACUUCGAGCUGUACGAGCUGCCCCCGGACGUCAUCUGCGUCGACCUGGACACCAACACCAUCUCGCAGAACGAAGACAAGAGGAGUGUGACAGUGAAGUCUCUGCCCCGGAAACCCUGUAAGGUCCUGCUCAGCUCCCUGGACCGCCUCUACCAGCAGCUUGACCAACUGUACAACAAGCCGGCAGAGGAGGCGACUCUGGAGUAUCUGCUGACGGAUUACGACCUGAUCUACGGCCGCAGGAAGCAGCUGGAGCUGGAGAUCCAGGAGGCUUUCCUCCGCUUUAUGGCCUGUAGUCUGAAGGGCUACCGAUCCUACCUGAUGCCUAUCACUCAGGCACCCUCGGAGACCACCACGGAUGCUAACUCCCUCUUCAACCUACAGGGGUUCCUCAAGAGUCGCGACCGUGCCAGCCUCAAGUUCUACACACUGCUGACCAGGACUCAGCUCUUCAGCCAGUUCGUCGAGGAGUGCUCCUUUGUCAGUGACCGUCACUCCAGCCUCGAGUUUUUCGACGGAUGCGUUGAGAAGGUGGAUGUGGAGAAGAUGGACGCCGCUCGCCUUAUCGAGUUGGAUGAGUCACAGCGGAGCGAGCACACCGUCUUCAUCAUGCCUCCCGAGGUGCUCCAGACUCCGGACAGCCAGGACCCUCCUCAGCUGUACAGCUACGAUGGGUUUCCUCUGCUCAGGCCCGAGCUGUUCGGCGAGCCCCAGGAGCUUCCAAAGAGCCAGCAUGCCGUCAGCCAGCCCCGGAGCAGCGCCCCCAGCAGCCCUGCCCCCCGGAGGACAAAGCAGGAGAUCAAGCUGGCGCAGAAGGUUGCACUGAAGUACUCUGUGAUCCCCGAGAUGUGGGCCAAGUAUCUCCUGGGCCAGUGCUACGCCCUGUGGUUUAUCUACCUCCCUACCCUGGUCCGAGCCAAUCAGCUGAAAAUCCGAGCCCUUCACACCGCCUACGACGUGCUGAAGAAGAUGGAGGCCAAGAAGGUGGUCCUGCCCGAUGAGGUGUGUCACCGCAUGCUGAUGCAGUUGUGUGGGCAAUAUGGGGAGCCGGUGCUGGCAGUCCGCGUACUGCACGAGAUGAAGAAGGCUGGAAUCAUCCCCAAUGCUGUCACCUACGGAUACUACAACAAGGCGGUGCUGGAGAGUAAGUGGCCGUCCCGCAGUCAGGGGGGGCGCCUGAGGUGGGCAAAACUCCGUAACGUCAUCCUAGCAACGGCCCAGUUCCGCAGGCCCCUCCGGGAGCGACAUGGACGGCUGGAGGCAGGGACUGUGCAGGAUAGAACCCAGGAGGAGGGUGUGAAGGCUGGACCCCGAGCCAUACUGCAGAGACACACCACCUGGUCAGGCAGCAGUGGCAGCCUGGAUUGGGAAGUUUGUUCCCCUCCCCUGGUAAAGAGCAGGAGCACCAGCUGUGCCAGGACCAAGAGCAGCCCUCUCUCCGACCGGAGCCCUGGCUCUGCUUCCCCCCACUGGACCGGGCGUCUGGCCAGCAGGGUCAGCCGAACCUCGUCUCGGGACCGUCUGCCCAAUGGGCCAUCUAGAGCUGGCCUCCGGGCUCCGUUCACCAGUUCCCGCCGUCUCAAGCCACCCAAGGGCGCCUCCCCCGCGUCCCAGACUGACAUUCUGUCUCCCGAGGGUGGGGGCCAGUCUGGCCGGAGGGGUUGCAGUGGACUGGAUGAGAACUCCAACAACGUCCGGCUCACUAGCCGCGGGCUCUCCGGAAGAUCCAAAGCCUGCUGACCCGCCUCGUCCAACCGAAGACCAGUACAGGCCCCCAGCCGGAGUGCUGGGCGCUCCUCUUCCCUGGCGCAGCAGACCGGCUCAGCAGAGAGACUGGGGCCGCAGGCAGCAAGAGACAUGGAGAGUGAGGAUCGGGUCUCGGCGACCGACCGUGAAUCCACUGACUUCGACUCAUCAAGCUCAGACCUGCGAGAGAUGGCAGACUCGCGAUCCAGAACAUCAUCCUGCAGCCUGCAGACAUCCACCGUCGAGGUGCUCCUGUCGAGCUGUUCACGCUGCACGAGCUGCGCCUCACUGGUCUACGACGAGGAGAUCAUGGCUGGCUGGGCGGCUGACGACUCCAACCUCAACACCAGCUGCCCCUCCUGCUCUUCCUCCUUCGUCCCUCUGCUCAGUGUCGAAAUACAUGAACCUCAAAUCCCGACACCCAGUUCGCAGGAAGGCUCAGUGAGCAGCGCCAGCGUCCCUCUGUCCCUGACCGACCACUCGGGGAGCAGCACCCAGUCGCCCAUCUUGAGUGACCGCGGUCAAAUCCUGAGCGAGGAAGAGGCAGUGACGGACAGUGCCAGCCGGUGGAGCAGCAUGUUGAUGCUGCAGAGCUGGUUGGGGUGCGGCGCUGGGGAGCUGGAGCCGGAGCGGGUGACGGUGGCCUACGUUAGCCCCCUGGUCCUGCGCAAGGAGGUGGAGAGCCUGCUGGAAAAUGAAGGAGACUCGGUGCUGUCGCAGGUUGAACUCAUCGACAACCAUCCCAUCAUCUUCUGGAACCUGGUCUGGUACUUCCAGCGGCUCGAGCUGUCGCACCACCUGCUGCGGCUGGUGCUGACCUCGCGACAUGCCCGCGCCACGCCACAGGAGCCCCCGGUCUGGGUGUGCGGUAACGUGAUGCUCCGUGUUCGCACCCUGUGGGACAUCCUGACCAUUGAUCCGGACCAUUGCCCCCCACUCUACGUCCUUUGGAGGAUGUACAGUCAAAUCCCACAGCACCGGUGGAGGACCCUGCAGCACCCCGUCACGCUCAGCUACCUGGAGGAAGUGGUCAUGCACGUGGGGCUGAAUGAGGUGCACAAGGCUAUCAGACUGAUCCGGGACACGCCGCGCCAUCAGGGAGCUGGUUCUCCACAGCAGAGGAGCCUGUACAGAGAGAUCCUCUUCCUGACCAUGGCUGCCAUCGGCAAGGACAACAUGAAUGUUGCUGCUUUCGACAAGAAGUACCAGGCGGCCUGUUCUCGCCUGGCCAGUUCCCUGAGCCAGGAGCAGCUGCAACGGGAGCGUAUCUUACCCCCCAGCACCAAGGCCAUCGACUGCCGGAAAACCUUCGGAGCUCUGCUGGAAUGUUGAAGGGACGAUCUCAGGGAAAGGCUGGCAGGAGAUCGUGGAGUGUGUGAGAGCGGGAACAGGCACCACUCCCUGUCUGCUGUGUGUGUGAGUGUGUGAGUCUGUGUAUAUAAUAUAUAUAUUUAUACGUUAUAUUUUCUUGUGAGCCUAAUCAGAAUUGCACUGUGGGGGUUGUAACUGAGUCGCAUCCUGUAAAUAUCAAAAUAUUUAACCCUGUACAGCGUGAUGCAGGGAUUCGGAGACGAAAGAAAUAGAGAGAGAGAGUCAGUGGGCUGCAGGAAGCUCGGAGAAAUUAUUUUUUUCUUACCUAGUUUGUGAAGCUGUGUGUUUGUGAGAGCAUAUUAACACUGUGUGUGUGUGCUUGUCUGUGUGUGAGUGCGUGUGCAUGUGAGUGUGUGUGUGUGUGUGUAUGUGUGUGCGCGCGUGCACAGUGGAUCAGUGUUUUAACCAUGGCAAUUUCCACAACAAGCUAUAUGCUCUCUGUGUGUGUGUACACACUCUUGUCUGUGGGCAUUUUAUGUGGCAUCCACUUGUAAAUGUCUAUGUGUGCUCAUCCGUGACUGUGUACAUGUGUAUAUUUUGUUUAUGUAUGCCUGUGUGUGUGUGUGUGUGUGUGUGUGAGAGAGAGUAUGUGUGUGUCCAUAAGUGUAUGAGUGUGUCAGUGUGUAUACUAUUGUGAGCCUAAUCAGAAUUGCACUGUGGGGGUUGUAACUGAGUCGCAUCCUGUGAAUAUCAAAUUAUUUAACCCUGCGUGAUGCAAGGAUUAGAAGACGAAAAAAUAGGGAGAGAGAGAUGGUUAGUGGGCUGCAGGGAGCUCAGAGAAAUUAUUUUUUCCUAUAUAGUUUGUGAAGCUGUGUGUUUGAGAGAGCAGUAACACUCUGCGUGCGCGUGUGUGUACAUACGUACAUGUAUGUACACACAGGUAGGUUAGUGUUUAAGCCAUCGGCAUUUCAAUAACAAGCUACAUAUGCACUGUAUGUGAGAGCGUGUGUGUGUGUCUGAGUGUGUACGUGAGUGCACACACGUGCCUCAGUAUUUUAAGCUGUGCCUGCAUUCUGUUGGUGAGGCAGUUGAAUUUACCCUCUGACCCGGUGAUUUGUUUUACCCAUGUGCUACUCUUUAACCUGACUACCAAGCCUGGCGGCGUUGAGCACUUUCUGUGGCGGGCACUGGGAGACACAAGACCCCAGGCGGGGGAAGGGAGGAGGUGACGUCUGUCUCUGCCUGCAGAACCCCCCACGAUUCCUCUGCCAAGAUCAAUACCCCUGGGUGGUGGUGUGGUGGGGUGGGGGGGGGAGGCAGUUCCAAGCACCAGUCACCCCACCCCUUCCCUGUCCCAGCCCACAUCAUGGCUCCCCUGAUUGGCCUGGCCCUCUCGUAGCAAGAGAGAGGGAGCGGGCUGCAUGAAGGGCCACCCCACCACCCCCGAGACCCCUGCCAUCCAGUCAGACCGCACUAGUGGAGUCUUUGAUGGCAGCACCUCACCUCUCCCCCACUCACCCCUCAACAUCUCUUGCCCUCCUUACCCCCACCUUGCUUCCCCCCUUUAGAAGUUCUGUUUGCACACUGUCCCUAUAUUUAUUAUGUAAAUAAUCCCCAGCGUUGACACUGCCAGUGCCCGGCUGCUUAAAGAGGAGGCAGUCGGUCCCCGUCUCGCAGAUUAAACACCCACCCAACCCCCCCAGCUCCACUCUCCUGGCUCCCGACCCACCCCACCCCCUCAUCCACACGUUCCUGUCCUUCAGCAGCCCUCCCCUUCUCAUCCCACUGCACUGAGCCCUUCACCCACCCCACUCAAUCCUUAACCUAUUCCCCUCCUCGAUACUCCAGCCAUCAGGACAUCCCGAGGGACCACCAUCUUCCACUCCCUUCCAGCCCCCUUAACCUGCCACCCUGUCCUGGUGAUGGAGAAGAGGGCGGACAGAUUUAUCUGCCUUCACCCGUUGAGCAUCAGCGGGAUUGGCACCCGAGGGUGGGGGGGCGGGGCAGACAGGGGGGUGUCACCUGAGCAUUUGGGGCAGUGUGAUCGGGAGGAGGUGAGAGCCAGACACUCACUCCUUUGCACUGCUCGUUGUUUCUUCUGUUCUCACUUACCCUGUGGAACUGCUGAGCGAUCAGAUUUACAGUAUAAAGCCAUUUACCUGCUGAUCAAUAAACAAGACGUCUGUGGCCAA